UAACAAUAUUUGAAAAGUGACGUAACUCGUUCGGAACGUUAGAAUGUCAACUUGUUGUCUCGAUUGUUAGAUUGUCCUGUCCUCACGUUUGUGUAAUUUUUAAUUGCUGUCGAUUCUCUUCUCCUCACAUUACACUAGCAAACAACCUACUUUCAGACUAAGUGUAAACUUGUCGAAGACUGAAUAUUUUAGUUCUUUACCUAUUUUCUAGGUUCAUGUUAGUACUUCGAGCCGUUGUUUUCCUAGUCUCGAUCCUUUCUUCUCCGAGAUUUUAUAAUAGUUAAAUACUUGACAAGUGGAAACACAUGGUCUUUAGACCAUUUCCCAUGCACUCUUUAGAGUGGAAAUAAUGGGGAAAGGUGCCCUAAUAUCUGUUUUGUCGCCUGUCAGUGAGAAGUAAUGUGGAUCUUACCAUUUACGUUGCUUUGUGUUUUAAAUGUUGCUGAACUGUCUACUUUUCGCCUAAAUGCUCCGGAUUAUCUACCUUCGCUCAAAUUUUCAACAUACAUUUUGCCAGUCCACAAAUGUCUCCCAUGUUCGCCUUUAUUUCUAUAAAAAGCCACACGACAACUGCAGUUAAUGUUAAAAAUAUCAGAUUUUUGAGGAAAUUAACUGAACUUGUUACAUAUACCAUCAUCACACAGAAGUCUUUCAUUGCUGCAGCUACUGUGUUCAAUCAAAGUUGGCGGAAUUUCAUUACAAUUAACUUCAGUGUUGACUGCUAUUGAUGCAACGUAGAUCACUGGUAUAGUCAUUUGCCGUUCGGUGUCAAUUUAGGUGAACAGUAGACUAUUCGUCAUAUAUUUGGGCCAAAGGUAGACAACAACCACAUUUUAGACGUUAAGCCUAAAGUAGAUGGCCGCCGUUUAACGAAACAUGGUAAUGUCAUGGUCUUUCAGUAUACGGUAAAUUGAUAUACGGUCACCACCGAAACUUCAAUAAAACGUGGACGAUUAGGAUAUAUGUUUCCUAUUGGUAAGGUGGCAAUGCGAUUUUACUUUCUCAAUAUCUAUCUCUUGAACUCGUUCCAACGUAUUCGUUUCAUUUUUAGCAUAUAAUCUGGCUUUAUUUCUAAAGGUUUACUAUGAUAUAAAUCGGUUAUCAUGAGUAGAAUGUGCCUUUAAUUGGGUCAGGAAUAGGUUUACAUUGUAACUAACGUAGAUGGAAAACUUGAGUUUGUUUCACAGUUGGCUUUUUUAUUAAGGUCAUCUGGGCUGUUAUAAUUUAUAAUUUUGUAUAUAGGCAUUCCAUUGAUUCGAAAGUGGUGCGAAUCAUUAUUACCAAUAUGUUACACAACUUUCUUCACAGUGGUUUUUUCUAAUGAUAGUCGGUUGACUAAAGAUCGUCCAUGUCACCAUAUGAAAUUAAAUAUUGUACUGACUGACUUGUAAGCCUCGUAAGAGGAUAGCUGCAUUAGUGGAAUUUUAACCAACCGCAUUCUCAGGUUGAAGUUCUUGAUAUUAGAUUGUUGCUCUGUUUCUUUGACGUUUUGCACUGCGAAUAUUUUAUUGUAGUCAUUGUUCUGAUGUACUUCUACUUCCUACAAGAUGGAGGCAUUAAAGUCACUUACGAACUUCACUGACAAGUUUUACGAACAAAUAUUAAAUGAAACUCAUGGUCAAUGGAAAAAUGUUUUUCUCUCGCCGUUCAAUAUCUAUACUGCCCUCGGAAUGGUUCUUUCAGGCAGUGGGAACAAUACGAAAGCCGAGAUGAUAAAGGCAAUGCAAUUGUCUGACUGUUUAGAACAUGAUCAAGUUCAUCAUGAGAUUGCUCAACUUCUAAAUGAUUGUUCGAAACCUAGUGAAGGUGUUAAUAUAAUCCUUGCUAAUAGAUUGUUCGUUGCACAAAAUGUGAGAAUCAAGGAACAGUUCAAAACUAAUCUGAAGACAUACUACGAUGCUCCAACAGAACAUGUGGCAUUUGAGACUGACAUAGAAGGUUCUCGAAACCGGAUAAACCAGUGGGUUAGUAAACAAACUAAAGGACAAAUUCAAGAACUGCUUUCACCCAGUUCUUUAACAAAGGACACGUCUGCUGUAGUGACAGCUACUACAUACUUCAAAGGUUUGUGGAAUAUGUGUUUUCCUGAGGAUAACUCACAUACUAGCGAGUUUUAUGAAUUGAAUGGAUCAAAAAUGAUUGUGAAGUUGAUGUAUAACGAAUCAUAUUUCGAUAUGGUCAGUUUACCCCACUUGAGGUCACGUGCUGCGAAGAUACCAUUUAAAGACCCUAAGUUUACGUUAUUGAUCAUUCUUCCAGAUGCAAAUGACGGAUUGCCCGAUUUACUGGAUUCAAUGUAUAAACAUGGUGGAAUUUCUUCAAUACUUUCCACGAGUUUUCAAAAUACAAAAAUGCGUUUGUAUUUGCCUAAAUUUAGAUUAAGAGAAGGUUCUGCAAUAAAACUGAAAGAUCAUCUGCGGAAAUUGGGAAUAAACGAUGCAUUCUGUUCUUUAUCAGCUGAUUUUUCAAAUGUUUCUGACUCAGAUAGGAUGUGUAUAUCAGAUGUGAUGCAUAAAGCUGUUUUUGAAGUGGAUGAAAAAGGUGCAGUGGCGGCUGCAGCUACAGCGACACAAAUGGUAUACUGCACAUCUCUGAGACCUCACAAACCUGUACCCGAAUUUCGUGUUGAUCAUCCAUUCUUUAUUUCAAUUGUUUGGAAUAAUUGUCUACCAAUAUUUCUUGGACAUAUUACAUCACCAUUGAAUGACUAAUAAUAAGAAAAGUUGAUCAUUUAUUAGCUUACAAGAAUGAUCAAAUUGCCUACUAUUGAUUUUGUUAUUCAUAUAUGACUAGUAAUAAUUUUAAUGAGAGAAUUCAUUUCACUUUUAUUUCUGUGAUCAGCUUGCAACGCACCAGUUCACAUGUCCCUGAAACGCGUACCACUGUCUCGACUGCUGUUAUUGUUGGGGUCCUUUUGGUGUACAGAAUAACCCUACCUCCUAUACCGUUCAAUCUAUCAGCCCUACUGGAUGAAAUACCAGUCAACUGUGUGUCAUUAUCUAAUACUUCUGACGUUAACCAUGUUUCUGACAUAGCAAUAUAAUCCGGUUUCUCUUUAUCCAUCAUUAUCUUGAGUUCCGCCAUUUUAUUUAGUAGGCUGCUAGUGUUUGUGUAGCAUACCUUUAGUUUUGUGAAGAACUUUGCGUUAUCACCCAGAGUGGUUUUGGAAUCGUUUUGCUUUGAAAUUUCACAAUCUGAAGACCCUUAAGAACGAGGUUUCUUUUAAUGUUUUGGUGGCACACGUUUAUUUCAACUUGUGCAGCUCGUCUCUUAAUACGACCAGCUAUGUUGUGAUCCUGACGGACGUAUACUCCGGAUCCAAUCAGUUUACGUGAGUUACAGAGUAUUAGGUUUCUUUCUUCAACCAUAGCAAAGGUGACCUUCAUGAUGUGGCGUUUCCAAAUACUUUCAGAAUCUCCUUUUUGUCUUAUUCUAUAAAGUUUACAGACGCUAACUCCUGAAACUGUUUCUGCGAGUAACUGGCCCAGUAAGUACUUGAUAAGACUGAGGUCGUGCUGAAAUCUAGUCUUUGGUUCCUUACUGGAAGAUUCUCUUAGCUGGUGAACAAUGACCUCUCAGUGAGGUCUGUCUUGACACUCUGUGGAACAUUAGUUCCUGAAACCGUCUCUUCCUUGCAAUCCGAUUUUAAUUCAACGUCAAACGCAGAGGUUACGUUCUGUUUUCUUACUUUUUUCCGAGGUGUGACUGAGAGCCUCUCAUUUAUCUUGCUUUGUCUCUUUAUCACUUCUACACUGCUCGGACGUGGCUCCCCCAAAGCUUGUGUUACAUUGAUUUGUGGAUCCGGAACUGAACCCACAGGUUCACAUGCCUCAGCACUGUCAAUAGGUAGUUUCUUCUACUCAGCGCGCUUCUUUUUUCUCCUUGUAACAAUGCUUUCACCCAUAUGCUUAUAUACUUCCCUGAUGAGGUCCAUCUUUAUGGUCUUAUUUAAGUCUAGAGCUGGGCUCAGAAUAAUGCUCUCAAUUUCCUCGAAAGCAGAGUUCUGCUCAUCUGCUGCUGCCUGUUUAUCAGACGGCGAUUUCCUAGCUGUAUUUAGCAUCUCGAUCACCUCUAGAAUCAGCAGAGAUUUGAUAGAACAACAUUCUUUACACGACCAACGUGAUAAUGGCUUACAGCACCGUUUAUAUGGAGACGGUGUGAGUCUACAUGCACUUGGGGGAUAUAAUGAUUAUUAAGUACACAAUAGGGGAAGCACCAGUACCCGUGGUCCGGUCUCAUAGGGAUCUUGGGGUGACAGUGAGCCAUAAUCAUGAGUCCACGGCCGAUUCCCGAGAAGUCGCAGCUAUGGGGUUUAGAACCCUCCCGACUUUACAGCGGACACUCACUAAUUUGAAUACUACCAUGUUCACUACAAUAUACACAACAUACUUGGAACAUGUUACCCAAAGCAAUGGUUUCCGCACCUUCAACUGACUCAUUCAAGAGAAGACUGGACACUUAGAGAAGCAUACUAGAAAAGGAAUAUCAUAGGCCGUAGGCCUUCUGUCCUUACUACACAAAUCUCAAUCAGAAUCUGUAUCAUGAAUUGUAAGUGAAUUGCCUGGCGGCAGAAGUUUAUGAUCAGAGAAGAGAACAAGAACGGAGAAUGAUUUGUGUGGAAACGAGAGAACAAUGAAUUCUGAGACGAUUGAUUGACAGUUUGCAAAUGAGUUAUUUACUGUAUGGUUCUCAAAUUUUACCAAGAUAUUCUAUAAUUUUGUAUUCAAAUGCAUUUGACUGAAACAACUUGUGUUCUUGUUCACUACGGACCCACCCGUGCGACUAACCCUGUCGUCUAUCACCCAAAACUUUAAUUAAUCGAUGAAGGACACUAAUCCGACACAAAAUUCGUCCUUAUUCACCGAAGCAACCGUUCAGCUGUUUGAAAUAUACUUUGGUAGUACUAGUAAAACUUGUUCGACGAAAUAUCGCCUACGUGAUUGAAUUCCUACAACUGUGGAUGAGAAUUUUAUUUGAAAUUAGAAGGGAUUAAAUGAAUAAACGAUCUUUGAAUAUACAGAAGCACUUCAUAUAGCAUGAUAAUAGCUUCAGUUUAUAAUGAUAAGACAUUUCUAUAUAUGUACAACUGGUCAUCUCGAGUCAAAUUAGUCAGGAUUAUCACUUUUUCGACUGCCUGCUUUGAAGAUGCCAUAGGUAUUCGGAGUUUGAUAACGCUUUAACCAGUAACACCUUCUAAUACGAAUCGUACCCAUAAAGUGAAAUCAAAAGACAGAAGCGAGGAUGUUCGAAGAUAUAUUUGAUAGGCUAUCAAUAUAUUGAGGAUCGUCUGAUCUAAUCUGGCUAGCGAUUGCAGGGGUUGUUGAGCACGGCGUUCCCAAUCGUGCUCUGGUGCGGAUGCACGACCGAGCGCUUUCAGCACGAUGAGAACAUUAAAACCAAUGUGGUCAGCAUCCAAUGUCGAAAACCUACAGAGCUAUUUAUUUUGGGGAUUUAUUUACCGCUACAGAUCACUCCCCUCUAGUGGGGUAGUGAUGACCCUAACGAGUUUGCCGUUGGGAGACACUCUUCUGAUAGCUUGCUA